CUCAAAAAUCAUACCAACCCCAAACAUUUGCACUGUGGGCUCAGAAAGGGGUUGCACCACAAGGACCAUUAACUUCAGAGACAGAGCUGCACCGUGGAACCCCCAAAGUGCUUCUGAUGCACCGAACAACACUCACCACAAUCUAGCAUGAACUAAUCUAACAGCGACAGGUCAUGAUAGUAGCUGCAGAGGCACUAAACACUAACUUAACACCAGAGCCAUAAUAGAUUCAUGAACCUCUGACCCUAAUCUACAUGACGGUCAUCUUGUUUUCAGGGAAGAUGCUAGUACUGGACUAUAUCCUGGCGAUGACCAGAACAACAACGAGUGACAAAGUGGUUCUGGUCUCUAACUACACACAGACUUUGGAUCUUUUUGAAAAACUGUGUCGAACCCGAAGAUACCUUUAUGUCAGGCUGGAUGGGACGAUGUCCAUCAAGAAGAGAGCUAAGAUUGUGGAGAGAUUCAACAACACUUCUGUGUUUCCAUUCAGACACGUGGUGUGGUCAACCUCUAAGUCUAUUUAAUUUUUUAUCAUUUUAUUAUUAUUUUAACCAUCAUAGU